GUCCAAGCUGACGUAUGCAGACUUUCUGCGACGGCUGUGCAAGAAGGCUGAGGAAAACGGCUGCAGCGAGGCCGCUCGCAGCAGAGUGUCGUUCAGCUUCAGACCUGCUCCUGUGGCACAGACCUACGCCAAGUUUAAUCGAGCGCGGCGGGUGCUGCCUCCAAUCGAGGGAUCCAUCGUAGUGGAUGAUGACGCAGACUGCACAUCCGAAAAAGAGGAUAAGGUGCAGUUGGAGCUUCCAAAGCCGGCUCCCAAAGCUUCGUCAGAAUCGGCAAAGCCAGCCAAAGAGCAGAAGGCAGCCCGAAAAGAGUUGGAGCCAGAGUACAAGGCACCGACUGCUGCCGUGGUGUUGCUUCGCAAGUAUUUCAGCCAG